ACCGGCAGCCCAUCCAUGAUCCAUCCUCUCCCAAUCUGCAAAAUCCUUCCUGGGCCAAUCAAGAUAAUACCCGCUGCCACCUGUCCAGUUCUGCAGACCAAUAAAUACAACGGGAUCAGGUUCCCCCAUAUCGAUCGGCCACCCCUCUCCUCCGCCGCGGCCGCCGCCAUGGCAGCAGUAGCCACAGCAGCCAACUCUUCCCUGUGCUGCUCUUCCCAGAUCAUUAACCCGCCUCUGCAGCCCUCAAAUUCCCAAACCGCCCAGCUCACAGCAAAACCCAAUAAUAACAAAAGCCUCCUCCACAAGCAUCCACUCUACCUGCCGACCCACUCCAACCUGUCCCUCCAAUUCAAGGAGAAAAUCCUGUGCCUGGAGAUCAUGGGCGUGGACGCCGGCAAAGCCCUCUCCCUCAACCCCUCCCUCCGCUCCGCCUCUCUCCACUCCAUCCACUCCAUCAUCUCCUUCCUCCAGUCCAAAGGCAUCCACCACAAGGACUUGCCCAGAAUCCUCGGCAUGUGCCCCAAAAUCCUCACCUCCUCCAUCCAAUCCGACCUUGUCCCCGUCUUCUCCUUCCUCUCCACUCACCUCCACGUCCCCGACCACAGCUUUCGCCGCGUCAUCAACAAAUGCCCCAGGCUCCUCGUCUCCAGCGUGCGAGACCAGCUCAAGCCGGCUUUGUUCUACCUCCAGAGGCUCGGGUUCAAGGAUCUGGAGGCCUUGGCGUUUCAGGACCCGGUGCUGCUGGUGUCCAGCGUGGAGAAGACGCUGAUCCCGAAGCUGGAGUACUUGGUGGUGGGUUUGGGGUUCUCCAAGGAGGAGGCGGUGGGCAUGGUUCUGAGGUGCCCGGGGCUGUUCACCUUCAGCGUGGAGAACAAUUUCAAGCCCAAGUUCGACUACUUUAAGGGGGAGAUGGGGGGCAGCCUGGAGGAGCUAAAGGAGUUUCCGCAGUACUUCGCCUUCAGCUUGGAGAACAGGAUAAAGCCGCGGCACAUGGAGGUGGUGGAGAGCGGGGUCAAGGUUUCCUUGCCGUCGAUGCUCAAGAGAACCGACGAGGAGUUCAGGGAGUUGUUGACUGGGCAUCGCGGUGGCGCUGGUGGAUGACUUUCAUUCGCUUGCGCUGUCCAUUCUUGUUGCUCGGUGUCAUGGUUUUGGUUAUGGCUACGCAUAGAUUCGAAUAAGGCAUUGGAUCGGGGCUGACGAGGGAUAUCAAGAAUCCCGAAAUGGAAAUGAAUGGGCUGAAAGUGGCAUGCUUUAUUUAAUGAGAGAGAUCUUUUUCAAACUUCCUCGAAUUUUUGCCUUCCUCCCUCGUAAUUGUGGAAAGAACAAUAAAGGGUUAUUAUUGUGUUGGACAAUUCUCAAUUUAAUAUUUGUAAUUAAGAGUAUAAUUGUCAUUUACUAUUUAACAA